CCAUACCAGGACCCCAGGAUCACGCCACCCAGGUACCCUCAGACUUUGUUUUGCAAGAGUUCUGGAGAUGGACAGUGGUGAUAGUUGCAUAACAACGUGUACUUAAACCCACUGAACUGUAUACUUAAACGUGGUUAAAAUGGUAAAUUUUACAUGUAUCUUAUCACAUGCAAAAAUGAUUCCUCUGGCUGCUGUGUGAAGGGACGUGUACAUGUGUACAGGGAUAGGAGGCCGGAGCAGAAGCAGAACACUCUGGGGAGGCUGAUGCUGUUGUCCAGGUGAGACGUCAAGGGAACUUGGGCCAGGUGACAGCAGCGGGAAAGUGGACAAAAUGUGAGCACUUUAUUUUAUUUAAUCUUUUAUUUACUUAUGAUAUGUCAGAGAGAGAGAGAGAGAGAGAGAGAGAGAGAGGCAGAGACACAGGCAGAGGGAGAAGCAGGCUCCAUGCACUGGGAGCCCGAUGUGGGAUUCGAUCCCGGGUCUCCAGGAUCGCGCCCUGGGCCAAAGACAGGCGCCAGACCGCUGCGCCACCCAGGGAUCCCUGUGAGCACUUUAAAGGCAGCGCCAACAGGGCCUGCUGAAUAGACUGGACGUGGGGGGUGAUGGAACAGGAGAACCAAGAGUGACCCUUCCAUGUCAGGCCUGGACAUCUGGGCCCACGCCAGGUUCACCUUCUCAGACGCCGAGGCAAGUAGGAUUGAAGAAGCGCUUCUCUGCUGGGAGUAGGGAGCGAUAUAGCUCCUGCCUACCUCCGCUUUGGGUCAAGUGGGCGAUGGGAUGUGAGUGGGAACAAGCCCGGCGUGUUCCUGGAACAGAAAGGCCUCUCUGGCUGGAACUCAUGAGGCAAUAGUAAGGGGGGUGGGGGCAGAGAGGUGGGCCCAGCAGGAAGUUCCGAUCCAGCCCCUAGCCGCUGGUAAACCGGGGGUGGUGGGGGUGUUACUUGGUUUAACCAAAGCGUCUUCACAACAGGAGCAAGGAGGUGGGGACGCCCUACGUCCAACGCUGCGCAGCGGCCCACGCGGCCUGUGAGUCGGCGUCGGCCCUGGGUCCACCUGCACACAGAGCUUCGGCCCAUCUCCUAAGAUUUCUGAAAACACCAUCUUCCCGUCUCCGAGAUGGGGAAACUGAGGCAGGCGCCCCGUCCGAUGGGAGCACGGCGAAGACGUGUGCCCGGAGCACCCUCUCCCGAUGCACGCACUGCUGUCCCUGUGGGGCUCACGGACCCCAUGGAAGUCCUGUCUCCCCAGCCUGUGAAGCAGGAAGGCCAAACUGCUGAGGGCCUGACCCUGGACUCACCAUGGCACCGCUUUCGCCACUUCCAUCUGGGUGACGCACCGGGCCCCCGUGAAGCCCUGGGCCUGCUGCGCGCCCUAUGCCGAGACUGGCUGCGGCCUGAGGUGCACACCAAGGAGCAGAUGCUGGAGCUACUGGUGCUGGAGCAGUUCCUGAGCGCCCUCCCUGCUGACAUCCAGGCCUGGGUGUGCAGCCGGCAGCCCCAGAGUGGGGAGGAGGCUGUGGCCCUGCUGGAGGAGCUCUGGGGACCAGCGGUGAGGGCACCUCAGGAUGUGGCAGAAGGCUCCAGGGUGAGCGUUGGAAAAGAUGAUGGUGGGAUGGUGCCCUUAGGAGAUGCGGCCUCCGGGGUUGAGGUGCUGGCAACGGGGGAUGCCCAGGCCCUGCGCCCCUACAAGCAGGAGCCAGGCAGUCCUCCACCGGCCCCCGCGGCGCCCCCUGCGCCCGGCCUGCCUGCCUUCCUGGCCGCCCCAGGCACUACCUCCUGCCCCGAGUGCGGCAAGUCUGCCCUGAAGCCCGCCCACCUGCUGCGCCACCGGCAGAGCCAUUCGGGUGAGAAGCCGCACGCCUGCCCCGAGUGCGGCAAGGCCUUCCGGCGCAAAGAGCACCUGCGGCGCCACCGCGGCACGCACCCUGGCGGCCCUGGGCCGGCCCUGCGCCCGCUGCCCGCGCGUGAGAAGCCGCACGCCUGCUGCGAGUGUGGCAAGACCUUCUACUGGCGCGAGCACCUGGUGCGCCACCGCAAGACGCACUCGGGGGCACGGCCAUUCGCCUGCUGGCAGUGCGGCAAGGGCUUCGGGCGCCGUGAGCACGUGCUGCGCCACCAGCGCAUCCACGGCCGGGCGGCGGGCGGUGUGGGCGCGGCGCCCGGGCCUGGGAGCGGGGCCCCCUUCCCGGCCUGGCCCCUGGGGUAGCCACCGCCCGCCGGCCCCUCUUGGCCCACAGCCCUCCUCCUACGCUGGCUCCUGUCUGAACUGGCGGGCGCUCUCACCUUCUGUUUCCUCUGCUCUUUCUGUCCUGGUCCACGCUUCCCUGUUGGGUUCUCGCAGCCUCCCAGCCCCUCCCAUUCUGUGCAGGUGCAUCCAUAAACCCCGCCUCUCUCUUCCCUCUUCACGUGCCGCCUGGGAGCCCAGGAGCAGAGCACAGGGCAGGGGCGGCGGGCAGGCCCUGGAUCCAGAGGAGACCAAGGAAGGUGACCCCUCUCCAGUGGGGGAGGGCAAGGGGAAGGGGCGAUGCCUCUGACGGGGUGGACCGGGCUCUGCUAGUGAGCUCCUUGAUCUUGCCCCUCUCUGCGGUUGGGAAGGCAUGUGAUGGACAGAGAUGCCUGUUCCUGGGAAGCCUGGCGGAGACAAUUCACCAGCAUCUGGAGAGUAAUAAAGUUAUUGAUGAGAGGUG